UUCAUGUUAUCAAACUUUGAAAACACUUUCAAAUGUUUAGCAACAAUCAAAAUUAACCGGUUUCAUAUUUAUCCACAUGAACAUGAAUACAAAAAUCCGUUCCAUUCUGAGCCACUUUAGAAGUUGCACCAUUAGAAGUUAUCUGGUUAUCUUGCCCGAUAACAGUCGUAUAGAAAAACAGUUGAAACUGGAGGAACUGCGAACGGAACGUGGAGUUUUGGACAUGCGAUCCCAUGAACUCUCAAUCCAGCAAAAACGCAUCGAGGGCAACCUAACCGAUCUGACGCGCUGCAUAAGGGGCAUGGAGUUUGAUUUGAAGGUGAAUUCCAAUCUGGAGACGAAGCGGCAGAAGCAGGCGCGUGGAGGCAGUGCGGAGCUCGAUGCCCGGCCAGGCGAUAAGAAAUCACCCAAAGUCGGUGAUUUCAGCGAAUAG